AUGGCCUUCCUCUUCUAUACCCUGUCCUUUGCCUUUCUCAUAAUCGCGACAGGUACAUUCGCCUCACUCCUACCGUAAUUGCUCAUACUAAUCGCUUCGCAGUUCUAUAUGCUACCCGAAAUCUCUGGCGACCAUAUGCGCCUCCGAUACCCUACAUUACCGCGCCAGGGACAAUCCCUGAACCCCUCUACAACAUAUCCUCCAGUAUCACCAACUACAUCGAUUCCUGGCGGUAUUCACGUCUUCCUACCAACUUUCAAGAAGACGCCGAAGCCGGCUUGCACAGCUCCAACUUCAACCUGGCAGAGAACAUCGAAGGCGCCGACUCUAGAAGUGGGCUGGAUGAGAAUGCGAAGCGCGAGAUCUAUAUCAUUAUGAGGAGGAGGGGAGUAGUGUUUGAUGAGGCGAGAAGAAUCUGGAUCGAGGAGCGUUUCAGGCGAGAAGGCAUUGGAGCUGACGGACGGCCUCUUGACCGAAAAGCGGUGGUCUUCAGCUGA